GUUCCCACGUGAACAGUUUUAAGGUGGGAGAGAACUGGAGGCAGGAACUGCGGGUCAUCUACCAAUGCUUCGUGUGGUGUGGAACUCCAGAGACCAGGAAAAGCAAAGCAAAGUCGUGCAUCUGCCAUGUGUGUGGCACCCAUUUGAACAGACUCCACUCUUGCCUUUCCUGUGUCUUCUUUGGCUGCUUCACAGAGAAACACAUUCAUGAGCACGCCGAGACAAAACAACACAACUUAGCAGUAGACCUUUAUUACGGAGGUAUAUACUGCUUCAUGUGUAAGGACUAUGUGUAUGACAAAGAUAUUGAGCAAAUUGCCAAAGAAGAGCAAGGAGAAGCCUUGAAAUUACAAGCCUCCACCUCAACUGAGGUCUCUCACCAGCAGUGUUCAGUGCCAGGCCCCGGUGAGAAGUAUCCAACCUGGGAAACAACCAAACCCGAGUUAGAACUGCUGGGGCACAACCCACGGAGACGGAGAAUUGCAUCCAGCUUUACCAUCGGCUUAAGAGGACUCAUUAAUCUUGGCAACACGUGCUUUAUGAACUGCAUCGUCCAAGCCUUGACCCACACUCCCAUCCUGAGAGAUUUCUUUCUCUCCGACAGGCACCGAUGUGAAAUGCCCAGCCCGGAGUUGUGUCUGGUCUGUGAGAUGUCUUCUCUCUUUCGGGAGUUGUAUUCUGGAAACCCGUCUCCUCACGUUCCCUAUAAAUUGCUGCACCUGGUGUGGAUACAUGCCCGCCAUUUAGCAGGGUACAGGCAACAGGAUGCCCACGAGUUUCUCAUUGCGGCGUUAGAUGUCUUACACAGGCACUGCAAAGGUGAUGAGGUAGGCAAGGCAGCUAACAACCCCAACCACUGUAACUGCAUCAUAGACCAAAUCUUCACAGGUGGCCUGCAGUCUGAUGUCACCUGUCAAGCCUGCCAUGGUGUCUCUACCACUAUAGACCCAUGCUGGGACAUCAGCUUGGACUUGCCUGGAUCUUGCACCUCCUUCUGGCCCAUGAGUCCAGGGAGGGAGAGCAGCGUGAAUGGAGAAAACCACACACCAGGAAUCACUACCCUCACAGACUGCUUACGGAGGUUUACAAGGCCAGAGCACCUAGGAAGCAGUGCCAAAAUCAAAUGUGGUAGUUGCCAAAGCUACCAGGAAUCUACCAAACAGCUCACAAUGAAGAAACUACCAGUUGUUGCCUGUUUUCAUUUCAAACGCUUUGAACACUCAGCCAAACAGAGGCGCAAGAUCACCACAUACAUUUCCUUUCCUCUUGAGCUGGAUAUGACACCGUUUAUGGCCUCAAGUAAAGAGAGCAGAAUGAAUGGACAGUUGCAGCUGCCAACCAAUAGUGGAAACAAUGAGAAUAAGUAUUCCUUGUUUGCUGUGGUUAAUCACCAAGGAACCUUGGAGAGUGGUCACUACACCAGCUUCAUCCGGCACCACAAGGACCAGUGGUUCAAGUGUGAUGAUGCCGUCAUCACCAAGGCCAGCAUUAAGGACGUACUGGACAGUGAAGGGUAUUUACUGUUUUAUCACAAACAGCUCCUGGAACAUGAGUCCGAAAAAGUGAAAGAAAUGAAUACACAAGCCUACUGAAGCGACACACCGACCUACCUGUAAUGGAAGAUGAUGACACCUGUGCUACAACUGGCAUCGAGAUUUAAAGAACCUACUUGACCAUGGCCCAGGGGCCUGACAGAGUAAGGACUGAACAGUAUCCAGUGUCCAAAAGGUCCCGAUUGGAAGAGAAAAUAGAAGGGGAGGGAGAAGAGGCUCUAGUCAAAGCAGUCACUUGAAGGAAAUUAAAUGUCAGGAAUGCUCUGGGUAGGAAAGGCAGAAGCAGGCAAAUCGUGACACUGGUACAUCUA